AUGGCUUUGGCCUGGCUUCAGAGAGCCCGGGCCUCAGCGGGUGCUGAGCCAGGCCCUGGCCGCGGGCUUUGGCCUGGCUCAGGCUUGGCUCGGGCUCAAGCCAUGGCUUGUUACUUCCUCGCGACUUAUGCACAGUGGCUGAUCAUGGGAUCUACAUCGAGCGUGGAGCAUCAUUCAAAGAGACUGUAUAUCAUACUGAUGGGUGCCGCACCAGAGGUCCAAACUAGUACUGCAGGCCCCGGGCUUGCUGGCCUGGCUCGGGCUUCUGAGCCAGGCCCGGCACAACACUACCCACCAUGCGGGUCCCAGUUACCUAAUGCAGACCUCAGCGUUGUCAAGAAGUCGCUGGUACAUCCUGUGCAACGGUAUCUUCUGGGCGAUAAUUGA